ACUGCGCAGCCAAUCAGACGCAUGAAAACUGCCUUCCCUCGCUAGUCAACCCAAACCCGUCGGUUCCGAUUCCGACCUCCAAGCCCGCGGGGACAUCGCGAAACGAAAUGGGUGGCGCUAGCGUCGAUGUCGAUGGGGCGGCGGAGGCGUCCUCGCCUCUCCUCUUGCCCCGCUCCGCUCCACGCCCCGCGGUGUCGGCGGAGGUGACAAGGCAGGUGGGGCUCGCGGCGCCGCUGGUGGCGUGCAGCCUGCUGCAGUACUGCCUGCAAGUGGUCUCCGUCAUGUUCGCCGGGCACCUAGGGGAGCUCUCCCUCUCCGGCGCCUCCGUUGCCGCGUCCUUCGCCAACGUCACCGGAUUCAGCGUCCUGCUGGGCAUGGGAAGCGCGUUGGAUACGUUCUGUGGACAAUCAUACGGAGCAAGACAAUAUGACAUGCUGGGGACACACACGCAAAGGGCGAUAAUUGUUCUUAUGUUCACGGGUCUUCCUCUGGCCUUUGUUUUGGCCUUCACUGGUCAAAUCCUUAUCGCUCUUGGUCAAAACCCUGAGAUAUCAUUCGAAGCUGGAUUGUACGCUCAGUGGUUGAUUCCUGGCCUGUUCGCGUAUGGUUUGCUUCAGUGCCUUACCAGGUUCCUGCAGGCCCAAAACAUUGUCCACAUAUUGGUAGCUUGCUCUGGACUUACCUUGCUACUUCAUGUUAUGCUAUGCUGGUUGCUGGUUCAAAGUUUCGGCCUUGGCCACAAAGGCGCUGCUCUGGCAACCUCAGUAUCUUACUGGUUCAAUGUGGCACUGCUAGCUGUGUAUGUGAAAUUCUCUGAAGCUGGCAGAAGAAGUUGGCAUGGAUGGUCAGGGGAGGCACUAAAAUUGAAGGAUGCCAAAGUGUAUCUAAAGCUAGCAAUCCCAUCUACAUUUAUGACCUGCUUGGAGUAUUGGGCAUUUGAGAUGGUGGUUCUCCUAGCGGGAUUUCUUCCAGAUCCAAAACUGGAAACUUCAAUUUUGUCAGUCAGCCUAAACACAAUGUGGAUGGUCUAUACAAUUCCAAGUGGCCUAAGCAGUGCAAUAAGUAUUAGAGUGUCCAAUGAACUAGGUGCUGGGAACCCACAUGCAGCACGCCUAUCAGUUUAUGUUUCAGGGAUCAUGUGCCUAGCUGAGGGUCUUUUUUUCGCUGUCAUCACAGUAUUAGUGCGAGAUGUCUGGGGUUAUUUGUACAGCAAUGAGGAAGAGGUCGUGAAGCAUGUAUCGAUUAUGAUGCCAAUUCUUGCUACUUCUGACUUCAUGGAUGGAAUACAAUGCACACUAUCAGGGGCGGCUCGAGGAUGCGGCUGGCAGAAAGUAUGCUCGGUUAUCAAUCUGUUUGCUUACUAUGCUAUUGGUCUCCCUUCAGCUGUUACUUUUGCAUUUGUUCUGAAGAUUGGUGGUAAGGGCCUUUGGUUGGGAAUCAUAUGUGCUAUGGCAGUGCAAAUAUUUGCUCUGGUCGUCAUGAUGCUUCAAACCAACUGGAAUGAAGAGGCUGAAAAGGCCCGAGCUAGAGUUCAGUGUUCAGAUGGCAGCAUUACAUUGAUCUGAAUGUUAUCAGUUGUGAUUACACCUCCCUUAAAGGUAGCUGUUUACUUUUAUAUACUUGAUACUUUUCAGCAUUUGAUAAUUUUUUAUGUAUAGUCGAUAGGUUGAAAACACUUCAACAUGAAAUAUUACAUUGCUAGCCAAGCAACGUGACUAGAUGUGCACUCAUGUCACACAUCUUUUUAGCAUAAGUUCACGAUCCGCAGUUCAUAAAAGAUGUGCACUGCAGAGGAACUUUCCAAACACAGUUUUGCCAGUUUUGGCAUUGGUGGGAGUAGAGUAGAUGGAAGAAAUUCCCUAAAAACAGAAAUUGAAGUCAUAAAAACAUAUAAAAAAGCAUUCAAGCAUCUGAUGUAAGUAUGUAACAAUUCAGCAUGCUUUAGUAGUUGAUACAGAUCUCUCGGAUAUACAUAUAGAAUGAAAAGGAAAAAGAUUUAGGGGGAAAAAGGUGCACCAUUUCACUAUAACAUGUCCACGUUCUUUGGGAAUUGGGAGCUGUAUUCUGGACUAUUGGUUAAUAAUAUGGGUGAUAAUGGGCUUUAAAUUUUACUCUAUAAAAUGUAAGGAUCAGAUCAGGUUAGGGUCGACUCUAUUUCUAUUUAUUUUUGAACUAAAAUUAAUUUAGGACCCUAACAAAUUGUGAAGAAACAUUUAGAUCGCGAUCCAUUACCACCUCUAGUUAAUAAAGGUGGCAUAUUCGUGUUUCAACAACGCGCUGAAAUCACCCACCCAGUGUAUUCCCACGCAUUUUACCGGAACAAAACAAGAAUUAGAAAAUGAUCUGUUACCUGACCAAAGAGUUUUGAAGAGAAUUUUUGAAACUUCACUGUAUUGAGUGAUAAUGAAUUAAUGAUAGGGCCACAGUACUGGUAUGAUGUACUAGUAUGAAUAAUGUAACCUUAGACAUAUAUUUGUCUCAUCUCACACAUUUCUCCCCCCUGCUGCACAGAAGUAUCCAGCACAUAAAGCAGUAUCCGAAGUCAGAGCUUCCAACGGAUAGCAUCAUCACAGAUCUUGGAAUCUAAAAGCAUUAAUACUUAGGUCUAGGGCUGAGAGAAAAAAACUCGAGGAGCAUGCCUCGUUUUCGAGCUCGAUGGUCUACUGAACCGAGCCGAACCAGCUUGUUUUGGCUCGCAAGUUGUGCCAAAUUAAUCAAACUAUACAAUAAUGAUAGAUAAGGAAUAAUUUUACUUUGAAUGAUGAUUUUAUUUUUCGCAUUUAUAUACUAUUAAAUCACUAUAUAAUACAAUAUUAUUUAUCAAGGUUCAGCCUGCGAGUCAAGCCGAGCCAAGCCUCCUCUUUUAGCUCGUUAAGUGGACGAGCCAAGCUACUUUGCUUCCAGCCCUACUUUGGUCUAUCUCCAAAAUUUGUCGAAGGGUGAACCUGACAAAAGCAGAGACGAUGAUCUCUGGCCAAGAAAGUUGCAUAUUGGUGAAUUUGUAUUUUUAACGACUGCACUCAAUUCCUGUUGAACAGCUGCAUUUCAUUCUGAGGACCACCGUGUUAGACGACGAUCGCUUUGCCGAUAGUCAGCUAUCUGCAUUUAGUCAUCCAAACCGAGAAUUUCUGAUACAAAUUGUAGUGAAAUAAUGAAAGCUCCAGCCUUUUUUUCUUGAACACAUAGAAGAACCGUGCAUCUUUGUAUUAUGAAAAGAGAGAGAAAAUCUAGCCUGCUACGCAUAAAAAAGUUAGAGCAUUUAGUGUGGCUGAAACUCAAACUGCUUACUAACGUUAACCCUUUUUCGAUUUGUACAGAUGACUGGAAUAAUUGGUCUUGUAGUUGUAGGUCUAUGUGAGUCCUUCAGACCUUGCCCUUGGGUUCAAGACAGUAGGCUGUAGGCAGCAGCUCCAAGCUUGACGCCCUGCCCUGGAUCUGGUAGGAAAGGAUGAACUAUCAUCCUAAAAGCAGGGCACUUGCCGUACAUGUGUCUUGGAGUACGUUUCUUUGUGGUUUUCUGCAGCUCAAUGAUGACACCGUGAAAGCCGACGAAGAAGCAACACAAGUUUGGUAACUCUGGAAGUGGACCUGUGGAAGGUGUCGUGGACGCUGGCUGUUUCCAUAUCUAAGUACUCGUGCCUGGGUGAAUCAUUCUCGUAUGAAAGAUAUUUACUAGUACUUCCUCCAUUCCAAAUUGCAAAUCAUUUUACUAUAUAUCUAUAGACAUAGCAUAUAUCUUCUUUGCUGACCACAUGAAUAAAUUCAAACGAUAAUUAUAUUUUAUCCUAAUUUCCCCUACUGUCCAAUUCUGUCGUCCAAACAUCCUACCCGUGCUUCUGACCAUGCUGUGCAGUCACCACGGGCGUGUUUGCUGCCAUGGCCUAGCAGUCUGGCUGCACUCUCGGGCUGCGGCUCCCGUGUUUGCGUCGUUUGGCUUGCUCGGGAGCCAGGCUGUGCGCGUGUAAAUUUAGCCUCUCAGCUCAAGGUCCGUUUCCUGGGAGCCUGGCUGCUCGUGGCGCAAGGAUUCCACGUUUAGGUAGUUUUGGUCUUCUAGUCCGACUGCAUAUUGGGUGACAAACACCAGUUCGUCUGAGCCAGGCACAUAUGGUGAGUUGCAGUAGUCGGGACAAGCUAGUCUCAGCCUGGAUCAGUUGAACGGGCCGAGCUGGCCAGGGACAGGGUCACAAACACGCCCCAAGUGUCUUCUUGUGUAGAAAAUCCAAAUUCAUAAGUGGAGUGGUUUCUGGCCUACUACCGUGCAGUCGUUCCUCCAGAUUUCUGCAAGAAGAACAAUUGUCCAAUCACUGUGUCAUCGUGUAAUCCAGAU